AUGACAUCCAGAUUUGGUAAGACAUACAACCGCAAGGGAGGGGAGGCCAAUUCCAAGUUCGAAGAGGUAUUCUCCAACAGGAAGCCCACCUUGAGCACUAAAUGGGGCGAGACCACCUAUCAGGCCCAGAUGGGGGCCAAAAGGCCUCACUCAAAUUCGGAUGAGCAGUCCAAAAGGCCCCGGCUGGAGGACAGCGACAGCGGGGAGGACCCAUUUGGGUUUGACAGCGACGAUGAGUCGUUAAGGGUUGACGAGGGCGGCGAACCCACAACGGUCACUGAAAACGUCGCUGUUGUGACAACUGUUUCGCAGAGUAUAACCAGCCUAACUGCCAAAAUUCCAAUCAAACCAGCAGUUGAUGUAAAGGUUGUCCAAAAUAAUAAGCCAUGGUACAAAAUUGUGCCGCUGAGCAACCAGGCGCCGACAGCCGCGACUUCUUUGUCCAACACCGCAGCCCCCUUGUCUAUACACUCUUCAGGGACACAGAGGACCGUCUUUGCUCUUCAAACUGCUGUCACACUGGCCGCCGAUAUUCCAGGUGGUUGCUCAGACUUCCAGACCACCCCCUCCUUUUCUAAUAAUGAUGCACCACCGUCAGUAGUAGAAAGUCCUGAGCAGGAGCCUCCUCCAGAGCCAGUGGACAACAUCCCCCCUUCCCCGUUCACCCUCAGAGCCUCAAAUUGCAAGAAAUACCAACCUCGUCGGUCAAACAAAUUAUGCCCAGAAGAUGACACCGACGCAGCCCCCGAAUCGGAGAAUACCUCUGAGAAACCCAACAGUGUUGUUUCUGCUUCAGCAAGCAACGACGCCGCCAACGCAAAGGCGCCGGCCAAGCCUGCAGGCCGGGGAGCCGGGAGGGUCCGUGACUACACAGUCCUGCACCCCUCCUGUGUGUCUGUGUGCAACGUCACCAUCCAAGACUCCAUUGAGCGCAACGUGGAAGAACUGGUUACGCCGGCCACGCCUGCCGACCUUGGAGAUGUGGGACAGAUGAAGAAGAAGUCAGACGUGCAGCCUAAACCUCCAAGAUUCAGAACCACUCAGGUCAAGGCCAAGAAAACAAAGGCUGAGUCAAAGUUAGAGUUCUUUGGCUUUGAGGACGAGGAUGCCCAAGGGGGCGACGAGGCUUCCGAAGGCGCUGGCGUGGGCAAGAGCAGCUAUAAGAUCAAGUAUUUCGGCUUCGACGACCUCAGCGAGAGUGACAGUGACGACGAGAGCUCAAGCUUCAAAGAGAAGGCUAGGAAGUCUGCGGCAGCGUUGGCCGCUCUCAGCUCUGGGGUGGAUAGUCCUCAUACCAGUGACUCCCAGGAUAGCCAGGCCAGCAGCAAUACAGACACUUUUGACUUCUCUGACGACUGCAGUCCGGGGGGCACGGAGAGCCAAAAAGGCCGCUCAGGGAAGCAAAGCGAAAAGUCCAAGGACCUGGGUAGUGGAUUCAAGAAGAUCUUUAGCGGGCCCAAAAAGUCCCCUGCCAAAGCGGUGUACAACGCUCGACACUGGAACCAACCAGAGGCCGAAGAGAUCACCGCACCGCCCCUCUCUCGAUCGCAAACAGCCCCGGCCAUCUUAUCGAGCGGCGGAAGCAGCGGCGGUGGCAGCAGCAAGGACAGCAACUCCCAUAAAGAUGACGGCUUGUUCAAAGCUCCUCCACCCCCGCCCAAAGUCAUUAAAUCAGAGACCAUCCCCACGCGACCUUACCAGGACAUCGUCACUGCGCUCAAGUGCAGGAAGGAACAUAAGGAGCUGUACACGGUGGUGCAGCACGUCAAACACUUUAACGACGUAGUGGAGUUUGGCGAGAAUCAAGAGUUCACAGAUGACUUCGAGUACCUGGAGACUGGCUUGAAGAGCAGUCAGCCGCUCAACACAAGAUGCCUUAGUAUAAUCAGCCUGGCCACACGGUGCGCCAUGCCCAGUUUCAGGAUGCAUCUGCGUGCCAGAGGCAAGGUGGCGCAGGUGUUCAAAAUGCUCAGCGACUCAGCUCAGCACCCGAACCUUGCCCUGUGCACGGCAGCGCUCAUGUACAUACUGAGUCGCGACCGCCUUAAUAUGGACCUGGAUCGCGCCUGCCUGGAGCUGAUGAUUAAACUGCUAGAACUCGACCAAGAUUACUCUGCUCACCAAGACCAGCUUACUGCAAAGGAGGUGGCCAAGGUGAAGGAGAAGAUCCGGAAGCUGUGCGAGACUGUGCACAACAAACACUUGGACCUAGAAAACAUCACGACGGGCCAUCUUGCCAUGGAGACAUUGCUCUCACUCACAUCUAAAAGAGCGGGUGAUUGGUUCAAGGAAGAGCUGCGACUCCUGGGCGGUUUGGACCACAUUGUAGACAAAGUAAAAGAGUGUGUGCAAAACCUGAGCCAAGAGGACAACAAGGAGAACCUUGUAGCGUCUUUAUGGGGAGCUGAAAGAUGUCUGAGAGUGCUCGAAAGUGUGACUGUGCAAAAUCCGGAAAACCAGGGUUACUUAAUUGCAUACAAGGACUCGCAGCUCAUCGUCUCCUCUGCAAGAGCGCUGUGCUACUGUGAAGAAAUGAUCCAGCGCUACAGCAGAGCUUUGAACAACAGUUCCUUGUCAACUGAGUCGGGCACUGCUCUGCCUCACUGUAGCUUCAGCAACGUGGGCAAGGCCGUAGAGGACUGCAUGAGGGCCGUCAUUGGCGUGCUGCUCAACCUCACCCACGAUAAUGAGUGGGGAAGUACAAAGACUGGUGAGCAGGAAGAGCUCAUUGUCACGGCACUAAAUUGUGUUCUUCGGGUGCCACGCUUUAUCCCACAGGAACAACGCUUUGACGUGCGUGUACUGGGUCUCGGUCUACUCAUCAAUUUGGUUGAGUAUAGCUCAAGAAACCGGCACUAUCUGGUGGACAUGGAGUACAACAUAGAUGACUUCUGUCUGGAAGACAGCCUGACGCUGCCGGCCGAGCCAACACAAACUGACGCGUUGGCUGAGUCGGCACAGUCGAACGCGCCUGGGAUGGAGGAAGAUGGAGCGGAGAAGCCCAAGGCCUGUGGUGCUUUGGCUGCCCUGGUAAAGCUCUUUCUAGAGAGAGAGAGAGCUGCGAUCCUAGCAGAAGCCAAAACGGACGACCUCAUUAGCGAGGCACCCAAGCCCCAGGACCAGAGUGGCGAGUGGAAGGAGACCAUGGGAGAGAUCCAGUGGGUGGCAGCUGAACCAAAUGACGGCCAGCCCGAACUAGAGAAUCCAAAGAAAGAGGAGGAAGAUGAAGAGUUGGACCUAAACAAAGCUUUGCAACAUGCGGGCAAACAUAUGGAGGACAGCAUUGUCGCCUCCUACACGGCUCUGCUACUGGGAUGCCUCUGCCAAGGCAGCCAGGUGAACGUGACUACUGUGAGAGAACACCUCCCCAAAGGAGACUUCUCAAUCAUGACAGAAAUGCUUAAGAAGUUCUUGAGCUUUAUGAACCUCACUUGUGCGGUGGGCACCACGGGGCAGAAGUCCAUCUCCCGGGUCAUCGACUAUCUGGAGCACUGCUAA